GCAGGAGAGCUGUUUACGAAAGCCUCUUAAAGGAAUUAGUCGCACAGCAGUGAUGUCCUGGUCAGGUUACAAAGACUAGUACUAGCGUUAAGUCGGUUAACCGAGUGUUAACUCAAAUCAAGUGUUUUUAGAGAGUUAUAACGCUACGAAGAGGAGGGAGAAGUACUACGACAUCAACCUGGGCUUCCUGAACUGAAGUCAAGCUAGGUAACGUAAACCUUCAGCCGUAGAGGACGCCGAAGGUGAAAAACAGAGUUUUGGAAAAGGUUAACCAACAGCCUGACGUUGUAAACUAUUCUAUAAAAGAGCCCGGAUAAACUUUUGCCAAAGUUUAAGGGAAUUUCGCGAUGUCUCUGGCCGACCAGAGCCGCCAGUGGUUUCCCACCAGUGUCCAGGUAACGGUGCAUCAGGCUCGGAGCCUGCGCGUCAAGGGCAAGAAUGGCACCAACGACGCCUACGCCAUCAUCCAGGUGGCCAAAGACAAAUUUUCUACCUCUGUGGCCGAGAAAAGUGUCGCUCCGGUGUGGAAAGAAGAGGCUUCGUUUGACCUGCCACUCUUCCACCCGGGCAACGCUGAGCGCUGCACGCUCUAUAUCAUAGUAAUGCACCGCGCUCAGGUGGGGCUCGACAAGUUCCUGGGCCAGGCCGUGGUCAACUUACUGGAUCUUCAUGACAACAGCCCCCGCAAAAAGACAGAUUGGUUCAAGCUGGUGGACAAGACUGGAAAAGCGGACAAGGCGCGAGGGGAGGUGCUGCUAGAUAUCCAAUUUCUGAGAAACAACAUGUCAGCUAGCAUGUUUGACCUUUCCAUGCAGGACAAACCACGCUCCCGCAUCUCUAAGCUGAAGGACAAAGUCCGUGGGAAGAAAAAGGAUGGCUUCUCUGACUCUGCCUCAGCCAUUGUUCCCCCCGUCAGCCAGGUCCUCACGGACAGCGAAGCAGAGGCUGAUUCACAGUCACUCAAUCAGUCCCCAGGCGUGAAAAAGAAAUCUAAGCUCAGGACACUCUUUGCUCCCAAAUCAAACUUGCAGCGUAACAUCUCGCAGUCCAUGUCGACCCUGGGGACCCUCCCGGAGAAGAAUUCGUCUCUCAGUGGCAGCCGCUCGUCUGGCCUCAACGCAGACUCUCCUGAAGUUAAAAAGAAAUUCAAAUUCCUGGGACACAAGCGAACGGGCAGCUCUGACAGCAAGGUGUCUCAGGGUCCCUUCUCCCUGCUGGGUCGCUCCAAGCAGAGCAACAGUGACCUGAACAACCUGUGCAUCAACGGCAGCCAUGUGUACACAGAGGAGGCAGAGUCCAAGAGUGGAUCUACGCUCAGUCUGAACAGCUCAGGCCAAGGAUCUGUGGAGGACAUCCGCAAACACACCUCCGAUGCAGAUUUACCUGUCCCCUCCCUACAGAUAGAGCCAGACAGGGCAUUCCUGGAGCAACAGCGCCAUCAAGAGGAGGAGGAGAGAAGGCAAGCAGAACAACGACGCAUAGCAGAGGCCAAGAGGCAGGAGGAAGAAGAGAAACACAAGGUAGAGGCCAAGAGACUUCAGGAGGAAGAGGAGCGCAGAUACCAAGAGGAACAGGAGAGGAAGAGACGCUUCCUUGAGGAUGAAGCAAGGAGGAAGAAACAGAGGGAGGACGAGGAAGAGAGGAGAAAGCAAGAGGAAGAACGCAAGAUGCUGGAAGCUGCAGAAAACCAGAGACUUGAGCAGGAGCAUCGCAGAGCAGAGGAACAGAAACGACAGGAGGAGGCCUCCAUGAGCGACAGGCUGACGUCUCUGUUCGGAAUGAUCCGAAAGAAGGAGGAGAAAAAGGAGGAGGUGCAGCAACAUGCUAAAGAGGGGCUGCCCGCUGAAGCCUCUCGCAGUGACUCAAGAAAUCCCGAUCAACCGAUCUCCCACCACUCCACCAACCCGUUUGAGGAUGUCUCCCUCAGUUCAGAUCCUCCAGUUAGCCCAGCUGAUCAUCAGAAAUCCACCCGCAACACACCGAUCCCCUCUGCCAUGGUCUUCCUCAACCGCACUGCGAAAGUGUCUGCAGUCAAGCCCAGAUUGCCUCAAUCUCUGGAGUCUGAACCCACUGACUGCCAAAGCCCCAGUCAGCUGUUUCCUUCUCCAGCCACCUCUGAGUCCACCCUCUCUAGUGUCCCAUCUGAGUCCCCUGGUACUUUCUCCGACCUCCAUUCUUCCCUGGCUCCAGCAAACAUAAGUCAAAGCCCAUCUGGUUCCCCUCGUGGCAGCGUAGAGAACUUGUCCUCGGUGGGAUCUUCACCCACUAUGGCAGAGAAGAAGAAAAGAGCCCCUCUGCCACCCUCGCAUCCAGUGCCUGGGACCCAAACUGGGAAUCACAUUAGAGAGAUCAAUAACCCUGCAUACGUAGAGGUAGAUGGAUCGCAGCAAGGCAAAAAAAUGUCCCUUCCACUUCCUGAUUAUGAAACCUUAUUCCCCCAGAAGAGACACGGAGUUCAAGGGCAGACUCGAUGGGAUCACAUAAUUGCUGAGGUCACAGAGAGACACAGGAUCACUCCAUCUGAAUUUCUGGGUCCAGAGAUGAGUGUGGAUGGUCCAGAGGAGCAUGGACCCAGUCUUAGGUCUUCACUCCCACAGGAGAAUCCUGCUAUGAGAUAUUAUCAAACACAUCCACUGGAGACCAAACCCGUGUCAUCAAAAAAAGUAGCUGCCCCACCUCCCCCUAAAUCAGUCGCACCUCCACCGAUUCCAGAUUCAAGUCAAAGACAAAGCCAGAGUAUUGCCCACCAAUCUAUGAUGAGGCCUGAUCCAACGGCAGCCCCUGGACCCGUUAAUACUGAUGCUUCAAGCGGAGAAAGUCUCUCUGUGAGGUCCAGGGGUGGAACAAGGAAGGCGUUGCAACCGCCACCUGCAUUCAGACCAGCUAGCCAAACGGACUGGGAUUCUGCAACACAAGAUGAUGAGAGAAACCUACAAGUCACUGAGAAAAGAGAGGCACCCACAGCCAAACCCAGACAGAGGGUUACUGGCAAAGAGCCAGGACAGGAAGAGGAUUCUGCUGUGACACCAGUAGUCUCUGACAAGCAUAUGAACAGUAACUUCCAGACAAUAUCUAGUUCAGGCAUGAGCAGCAUGGACAGAAAAGGCAGGCAGACAAAGGAGAACUUUGCAGAGUUUGACCCCUUCCCCAAUACUGAUCUCAUUACCAGAGACCCAUGGGCACAGCUGAAUCAGAAGCGAGAAAUAGACGACCUGUUUACCGGCAAUGUACAGAAAGAGCAGAAACUUGAAGAGCGGGGAAUGACAGUAGAUGAUCUCAACAACAUUUUCAGUCAAGCUAAACCAACAGAUCCAUUUGCUAGUUUUAAUGGCAGCAAUUCAAACAAACGCAACGAGCACGAGGAAAAAGAUGGUUCAGAGCAAGUCAGUCCUGCUUUCCAAAGAAGGAAUUCAAAGAGGCGAAGCCAGAUUCAUACAGCCACAGUUCACUCGGAUAAUAAGACUUUCAAGUCCAAACAAGAACCUACGUAUAAGGAAGAAGCAGCUGUAACCACAGUCAAUCAAGGCCUCUCCACAAGAGAUGUCACAAGUGAGUCUGUCACACCAAAGCCUCAAGCUGAUGUGAAAGCACCAAGCCGUUUGUAUGGAGGGGAAGAUCCAUUCGGAGCCGAUCCUUUUACUGUAACCUCUCCCUGGAAUUCCUCAGAACCCCUCCAGGUAGUUAUGGAGGAACCAGAACCUCAGCCAGGAGGCCUGUCUGGGGGAAAGGCGCCGUUGAGGGCAUGGGUCGCGCCCUCCGAGGUUCAGCCUGUCAGUGCUCAGAAUAGCAAUGGAGGUGGGCUAGCCUUAAGUCUACGCAGGCCUCAUCCUGUGAAGCCCAUGAGCUCAGUUGAGAGCCAUCCAAUCAGCACCCCCGCUGUGAAAGAGAUAAAGUACCGUGACAGCACAUCAGGGAAGAUUCAGGUGUCCGACUCAGUGCAAAGUGGACCGUACACUCAGCUGACACAGGAAGAGUUGAUCACACUGGUGGUGAAGCAGCAAACCGACCUGUCCAGGAAGGACGCCAAGAUCGUUGAGCUGGAGGAGUACAUCGACAACCUGCUGGUCCGCGUCAUAGAUGAGUACCCCUCCAUCCUGCACUCUCUGAACUCCAAGCCAGUGUGAGGGCAUGGCCUCAGAAAGAAGAGAGUCCCACUUGAGGACCCAACUCAUGUUUGUGGUGUGUGUUUGUACUGGUUUCACUGUGUACUCGCUGUGUACUGAGAAACAUGAUCUUUAUGAAGGUCUUAGAGCAUAUGCACUUUUUUAGUUUCAGAGUCACAUUUUGUGAUUAUUUAAUAACAAGCAAGUAAAAAAACAUUAUCUAAAUAAUGAAUGUAUUUGAUUUAACACUAAGGUACUGGAAUUUACUUAGAAAAAAAACAUGACAGUAAAAUAUAAUUCAACAUCUUGAUUUAUAUACCAUACUUGAUGACACUUGGGUUGAGCUUUAUUUAAUAUACUAACAGCACAGAGAAAAACUAUUUGUUUUUUUUAACGAUUAUCUGUCCUUUUUUACUCUACACUGGGCUUUGUGUAACUUAUUGCUGUGCGAUGAAUGACCAUAUACAUAACCUUCUGCAACCAGCUUGAUGAGGUAACGAUGUGUUAUUCAUUUAAAUAUACUUGCAAUGAAUAGUUUGAUUGAAUGCAUUUCUGCAGGUCAUAACUAUGAGUUAAGACCUGGCGAGCUGAGUCACGAUUAAUGUUGUUUAUAUGAGAAGUGCACACUGACUUUCCCUCCAACACUGAAGUCUUAUUCUUUGUUUUCUUUGUUGAUCCUUGAUGGCUGGCAUGUGUUUUUUAAAGCAGCCCAUUAACAGCAUUCCUCCCCUGCAUUACUCACCACAGUCGAAUGUCAGCUGGUCGUCCAGUCCUUAAAGACACUGUGCCUAUUUUUGCUUCAAAGAGGUCUUCUUCAGAAAGCCAGCAAUAAACAAAACAAGAAGCUACGAUGUAGUAUGUAUAGUUUGAAUCACACAGCAGUUACAGCUGUUUUUCUUGUAAUAUAGCCUGUGUGCAGGUUGAAAUAUUAUGCAAGUAAUAAUACAGAAUCAAUUUAUUUGUGUUGAAUGUAUGAAAUGAAAACCAUGAGAUAAUCAGAAAGGAGUCAUCAGAGGAACAGUGAUAGCCUCCAUCAGUAAUAAGAAACCAGCCUUGUCUUUGUAUUUGAACUACACUAAAGAAUGAACCCUGCUUAGUAUAUGCCUUUGUAUGAAAUAUUAUUUUAUGUCUUGGCAGAAACGAUAGCAAUAUUAACCUGAAUGUACAUACCUGUGCCUUCGAAACCUUUCUCAUGACGUCUCCGUCUGAUUUGCUGGAUGGACAGUUGUUGGCUACCUCUCUUCUUUUUCUGGAGCGAGAGCUUAAAGAAUGAGUGUUUGUCUGACACGAUGAUAAUACUACAGUCGAUGUAAAGCUUCUGAAAGAAGUGAUGCUGAGCAAAAAUAUGGUUUUAUUUGAAAUAAACGCAUUAUUUCACCUGA